UAGUGUGUAGAGUGUGUAACAGAUGGCUCAGCACAGUCCAGAGGAUUUGAAUUGAACCCUUUGAAACACUGAAUCGAAAGGAAAGAGUGUAGCUCUCAGCUGUGAGACGCUCUUUCACUCUUGCAUGAAUCAGUUGUUCCUGGCAGGAGCACUAGGAGUGGUAGAGCAAGCAUCAAUAGUGACUGAGUCUUGCAUCAGACAGGAGCCACGCGCCCUCGAGACGGAACUGCUGCUACAGGCUCUCGACGUGUAGUGGGAUAUCAUUUGCAGAGUUUGUCUUUAGAGGAGCGUGUUUGCAGCUAAAGCAUCUCCGUUCUUCCACUACACCAUGGAACUCGACAAGAUGGUGAACGGCCACUAUAAGCAACGAAGCGAGGAGGAUGGAUUUGAUCCCCUGGAAAACAUGCAAGAAAAAGAAGAGUUCCUACCCAAGCAGACUGAAGGGAAGAAGGCUGAGUUUACAGAUUUCGUAGGAAAGACAUCGUUUGGGAUGUCCAUCUUUAACCUCAGUAAUGCUAUCAUGGGCAGCGGAAUUCUGGGUCUAGCAUAUGCCAUGUCCAACACUGGCAUCCUCCUCUUUCUAAUCCUAAUCAUCCUCAUCGCUAUUUUGUCUGCGUACUCCAUCCACCUGCUGCUGAAGAGUGCUGGAGUGGUCGGGAUUCGUGCCUAUGAACAGUUGGGCUUUCGUGCAUUUGGAUCUGUUGGCAAAGUAAUAGCAGCCUGCGUUAUCACCAUUCAUAACAUCGGCGCCAUGUCCAGCUACCUCUUUAUUGUGAAGAUGGAGUUGCCGGCUGUUAUUAUAGGCCUGUUGGACAGAGAAACAAACUCAGAGUGGUAUGUGAAUGGAAGCUAUCUCAUCAUCAUCGUCAGUAUCUGUAUAAUCCUCCCACUUGCCCUAAUGCGCCACCUUGGAUAUCUGGGUUACACCAGUGGUUUCUCACUCUCAUGCAUGUUUUUCUUCCUCAUAUCUGUCAUCUAUAAGAAGUUUGUCACUGCGUGUUCGCAUGAGCACUCCAGUUUCAGCAACAACAUCACCACUACCCCUUCUUUUACCACUACACACCCUCAUGCUGAUUUCUCUCACAACGGCACCUGUGAGGCGAAACUGAUCACACUCACCCCGCAAGCAGCGUAUACAAUUCCUAUUCUAGCUUUCGCUUUUGUGUGUCACCCUGAAGUGCUGCCCAUCUACACGGAACUGAAAAAUGCGUCUAAGAAGCGCAUGCAGAGAGUGGCUAACAUUUCCAUACUGGCCAUGUUCGUCAUGUACCUGCUAACCGCCAUCUUUGGGUACCUCACUUUCUAUGGUAAUGUGAAUGAUGAACUCCUGAAGAGUUACAGCACCAACGAUAUACUGAUGCUGUGUGUGCGCCUGGCAGUGCUGGUGGCCGUCACCCUCACUGUGCCCGUCGUUCUCUUCCCGAUCCGCCGUGCUGUGCAGCAGCUGCUCUUCCCUGAAAAACCUUUCAGCUGGGCUCGCCACAUCCUUAUCGCUGUGGUUCUCCUUACAUUUGUCAACAUACUUGUCAUCUUUGUCCCUGACAUCAGAGACAUCUUCGGCGUCAUUGGAGCCACAUCAGCACCCACUCUUAUCUUCAUACUACCUGGUGUAUUUUACGUUCGCAUCAUCCCUGAAGAGCAGGAGCCACUAAAAUCUCGGCCAAAGAUCCAGGCAGCACUGUUUGCAACUCUCGGCUUCCUCUUCAUGGUGAUGAGCAUUACCUCCAUUAUCAUACAGUGGGUGAGUGGGGACCACGCAGUCGGAGGACACUAACAGACAUAAGCAGAGCAGUAAGGAUGCACACAGAAACACACAUUUCCAUCAUUAACAAGCUCACGGACCUCUAAAACUGACCACGUUGCAUCAGAUGGAAAAGGAAGUGAGACUUUGCUCUGUGAAGACCAAAAACCCAUCAUCUACCACCACCAUAAAUACUGUACCUGACACCUGCUGGAUGGAUGGUUGGAUGGAUGACAACAGAACGGGCCUUUGUAUUAUUUUUUUAAGCGUUGUUUAUGUGUAUAUGUCUAACAUUGGAACUGUGAGGAGAAACAACACUGAUGAAGUGCUCUAACAUUGCAACACCCUUACAGUAAACAUGCUCUUUCUCUUAACCCAUUUGUUCUCAUCCUGGAGUAAUUUGCACUGCAGUCUUAAGUACUUAAGUACAUGGCUUACUUAAUUUGGGCUUUAAUUUAAUUUUAUGAGUAAAUCUUUUGUACCAAAGACAAAUACUGAAGAUAACAAGAGAUGUUUAAAUAAAAAAAUAUUUUUCCUGAAAGACUUUAAAACCUUCUGAAGUAAAAGAUAAAACUUGAUUGAGCUUUCAAAAAAUGUUACUAAAAAUAGUAUUGUAACAGUUGGAGGUUAAUGAUGUGGAGUUUUGUAGAGAGAGUACUUUUACAGUCAAAAAUUGUAUAUAAUAUUAGGGGUAUAAAACAAUUCAAAUACAAAAUGUGAAAUAUUUGCACAGGAAAUAUCAGCAGAUAUAGAUAAUGUAUAUAAUCCUCAUUGUAGGGCUGCACGAUUAAUCAAAACAACAAAUCACGAUCUUGAUUCAUACAUGCAUUCACAAGUUCACUUAUUUACUUGACAGCAAUCUCAAGUGCUAUAUCGGUUACACUCGCUGCUCACACUCACCGUGUGACACAAAACACUAUCAAUUCACCAAUCAGGCCAGAGAUUAGCGAAUCAGUCAUAAAACUUGAUCACUUCUCUCUUUCGGUAUUCCCCUGUCACUCAUGUGACGUGGAACAAGGAGGCGGCGCUAAACAGACUAGUCAGUUUAUUGCCAUGAAGUAUGUGAAGCUACUGUAGAGCAGUAAAACCUUUGUCAGCUCUAAAUUCUAUAUUAAAAACUAUGUAUUUACUUUCAGACUACCUAACAAAUGCCGUUACAUUUAGCUUAUGCUGAUAAAAAUAAUAAUGAGAUAAACGCAUGCGAUGAUAUGCUGUAGUUGGAUUGUAAAGGGUCCAAAAGCACAGGUGCUACUUGUUAGUUAUUUUUAUUUAAAGAUCAUGUUCAAUGUGACCCUAACAAUAAUGUCCAUCUUCAUUUUAGGGCUUUAAAAUAUGGAAAAAAAUAAUUUUUAUGAUUUAAAAAAAAUUGUCCUGUGAAGACAGCAAGUCUUUUUCUUUUAAAUUGUGUGCAAUAAUUGUUCUUGUUGAAAAAAUGAGAAUCAUGCGAUAGAAUUGUAAUCUCAAUUCCCAUGGAGAAAAAUCUGAUUCGUGCAGCCCUACUACUUGCCAAAAGUGUGUUUUAUAGCAUUGCGGAUUGUUGAAAAAGAAGUUUGUCAUAAUAUCAUAUAACAUUAGAUUGUUUUGUUGAGUUGCAUACAUAAGCAGGUAUUUUUCACACUGCCUGGCCAAAAUUAAAAGUCAUACACUUUUCAACACAAUAUGGUAGGGGAGUUCAUGUGUGAAAUGAUUCCUCAUGCUCCCUGAACCACACUUUCUCAGUUUGACUCCUGAAAUAAGUCUGUGCCAUUAGGGAAGAAAAACUCUGUACCUACUAAACCUACUGUAGAUGUGAUAACUUGGUCAUUCAAUACAUUCAGACCAUCAGCUGUCUUCAUUUUAUUGCCACAUACAAUAAUGGUGCUGAAAUACACCAUUCACUCUGGACUCUUGUCAAUUUGAACCCAUCAGACCACAUGACCAAGCUUUUUUUUUGUGCUUUCUACAGUAGGGAAUUCAAACUUUUUUUCUGAUUAGUCUCACUACCCAAUCCUGUGAGUUCUCAUAUUAUGGAAAUGUUCUUACUUUUACUAUUAAACAUACCUGCGAUUUUUACCGUCCCUUUUUUAAUGAUGCAACUUCUCCAAGUGUUUAAGUAAUCAUGAUUUUCCGACGGCAUUUCUUCAGCGCUAUCCUUCCAAGUUUUAAUAAUAUGCUGAAAGGUUCUUAACCCAGUUUAAAUCAUUUUAAAUCUCCUUAGUUGUUUUCCAAUAAUUUGGCCCUUCUAAAAGGUGACUUUUUUGGCCAGGCAGUGUAUGAUGGUGUGUUUUUACAUUUUUAUGUUCAAAUUGGUUGCCAAGCUAAUUUGAAGCAGAGUUUAACUUUCUAAGUGCAUGCAAUUCUAUUUACAGAAAAAUUGAGUACAGAAACAAAGAUUUUUUGACUUUUUUUUUGUUGAUACUUUUAAUACUUCAGAUUAGUUUCACUCUUACAUAGCAUAAUUUCUGUCUUCAUCUCGUGUUUUACAAAUUUUUGCUCUAUUGCAAAUUCUUCUUGUUUUAGAUUGUCUACUUGGUGAUAAAAUUAUUCUUACACAAUGUUUUAAUGUUUAUCCCUCCAUCACACUGAGCCAAGUCCCCCCUACAUGCACAAGCAAGGAAAUUAGUGACAACAUGACAGAUGUGUCUAGAACCUGACAGGGACGCUAGGAAGUAGUAUGUUUGAUAUAUAGUUUGAUAUAUGCACAUUUUUUCAUUCUGACCCUGUUCUUAAAAAUAUAGAAGACUACUUCCAUAAAGAUAUUGAUUUUGUAGCAGAGUAAAUGAUGGGUAAUGAUUUGUGAAGGACACAUGACCACAAUGUAGUAAACCACAUAUAGUUUGUGCGUUGGCUUGGAAAACCCUUAACAUGAUAAAAAAUAUAGUAAUUUUCUAUUAUAUAGGGUUGUUACCAGUAAAAAAGUUACAUAACAAAAUCUGGUUAUUUCCUAAAAUUCUAAUUGAAAUAAUUGUAUUUAAUUAAUAACAUAUGCAUGAUCAAAGCAUGACUUUCACACAAUUCUCACCUUGUAUGAUCUUGGCAAAAAUCAAAGCAUAUUGAAGAUUUAAUAAUGAACAUUACCCUUUUUUAUGUCAUAUGAGUGAAAUGUAUAUGUAUUUCUAUAAAAUAUUUUUU